ACAUUCAUUCCCAGCCUGCGAUGCCUAUCCAACCGGAAGCGCGGAUUGAUUUCUCCAUGGCAAGGGCGGCUAAAAAAAAUCAAAGGAGCGCUUAUUAAAUGAUAAUCCAGUCAACCCCCGGACGGGAUUGCACAAAAGGAACGACGCAUUUGAGUCUCAAAUUGACAGGCCAUCCGCUUAAAUAAAGGAUUAUUCUUUUGGAUAUGGGAUCUACCUUCAGGGUCCCCACCUGCUGGGCACCGUAAUGGUGCUCCCUGCCCCAGCUGAGCCCCUCGCUGCUCUCUGAAGGAGCAGGAUGACAAGAUGGCACAGCUGCUUGUACCGCCCGGACCUGACAGCUUCCGCCCCUUCGUCCCCGAGUCGCUGGCCGCCAUCGAGAGGCGCAUCGCCGAGGAGGAGGCUCGGAGACCACGGGCGGAGCGACGCAUUGACAGCGACGAUGAAAAUGGGCCCAAGCCCAACAGUGACCUGGAGGCGGGGAAAUCUCUCCCCUUCAUCUAUGGGGACAUCCCUCCCGGCCUGGUGUCCACCCCUCUGGAGGACUUGGAUCCCUUCUACAGCAAUGAGAAGACCUUCAUAGUAUUGAAUCGCGGGAAGGCAAUCUUCCGUUUCAACGCCACUCCUGCCUUGUACAUCUUAAACCCCUUCAACCCUCUGAGGAGGGUAGCUAUUAGAGUUUUAGUACACUCGAUGUUCAGCAUGUUGAUCAUGUUCACCAUCCUGACCAACUGUGCUUUCAUGACCCUCAGUAAUCCCCCAGAAUGGGCCAAGAAUGUAGAGUACACAUUCACAGGGAUUUACACCUUCGAGUCCCUCAUAAAGAUCCUGGCCAGGGGCUUCUGUGUCGGGAAGUUCACUUUCCUGAGGGACCCGUGGAACUGGCUGGAUUUCAGUGUUAUCCUCAUGGCAUAUGUCACAGAGUUUGUGGACCUGGGCAAUGUCUCAGCACUGCGAACCUUCAGGGUUCUGCGAGCCUUGAAAACUAUAUCAGUCAUCCCAGGCCUGAAGACCAUCGUUGGUGCACUGAUCCAGUCGGUAAAAAAGCUGUCGGACGUCAUGAUCCUCACCGUGUUCUGCCUCAGUGUCUUCGCCCUCAUCGGCCUGCAGCUCUUCAUGGGCAACCUGAGGCAGAAGUGCGUGCGUGUGCCAGUCGCCAUCAACGCCAGCAGCAAUACCAACAUCACCGCUGAUGACACAAUGCUUUUCAACAACAGCCUGCUGGAGUUUAACACCACGGUUGUGCAGAACACGACCGAGGACUCCUUCAACUGGACAGAGUACAUCAGUGAUGAGCGUAAUUACUAUUUCCUUCCUGGCCGUAGGGAUGCUCUGCUCUGUGGGAACGGCAGUGGCGCUGGGCUCUGUCCAGAGGGCUUCACGUGUAUCAAAGCUGGUCGCAAUCCAGACUACGACUACACCAGCUUUGACACCUUCAGCUGGGCAUUCCUCUCCCUGUUCCGACUCAUGACCCAGGACUACUGGGAAAACCUCUACCAGCAGACUUUGCGCGCGGCAGGAAAACCCUACAUGAUCUUCUUCGUGCUGGUGAUCUUCCUGGGCUCCUUUUACCUGGUCAACCUGAUCCUGGCCGUGGUGGCCAUGGCGUACGAUGAGCAGAACCAGGCGACCAUCGAGGAGGCCCAGCAGAAGGAGGAGGAGUUCCAGGCCAUGCUGGAGCAGCUGAAGAGGCAACAGGAGGAGGCACAGGUUGCCGCGGCAGCAGCCAUGGAGAGCGGCGAGUACAGCGGGAGAGGGGGCCCCACCUCUGAGUCCUCCUCGGGGACGUCUAAGCUCAGCUCGAAAAGUGCCAAGGAGCGACGCAACAGGCGGAAGAAGAGGAAGCAGAGGGAGGAGGAGGAGGAGAGGGGGGUGCGCGACAAGUUCCACAAGUCUGAGUCUGAGGACAGCAUCAAGAGGACCAGCUUCCGCUUCUCCAUUGAUGCCAACAGACUUUCUUAUGAGAAAAGAUGCUCCUCACCCAACCAGUCUCUCCUCAGUAUCCGUGGAUCCCUCUUCUCACCACGCAGGAACAGCCGCGCCAGCCUGUUCAGCUUCCGUGGCCGGGCACGCGACAUGGGCUCCGAGAACGACUUCGCCGAUGACGAGCACAGCACCUUCGAGGAGAGCGACAGCCGUCGGGGUUCCCUGUUCUUGCCACGCCGUCUGGAGCGCCGCUGCAGUGCUGUCAGCCAGACCAGCCUCGGGGCGCCCCGGAUCAUGCUGCCUGCCAAUGGGAAGAUGCACUGCACCGUGGACUGCAACGGUGUAGUGUCGCUGGUCGGUGGAACUUCUGUAACAACCUCCCCUGUAGGUCUUCUGCUGCCUGAGGGGACGACCACAGACACUGAGCUGAAGAAACGCCGGUCGGGUUUUCAUCAGCCGUCCAUGGAUUAUUUAGAUGAGCCUGGAGGCAGGCAGAGAGCCAUGAGUGUGGCCAGUAUCCUCACUAACACCAUGGAAGAGCUUGAAGAGUCGAGACAGAAAUGCCCCCCCUGCUGGUACAGAUUUGCCAACACCUGUCUGAUCUGGGAUUGUUGCCCCCAAUGGCUGAAAAUCAAGGAGGUCAUCAGCUUGGUGGUUAUGGACCCAUUCGUGGAUCUGGCCAUCACAAUCUGCAUCGUCCUCAACACUCUCUUCAUGGCCAUGGAGCAUUACCCCAUGACUAAAGAGUUUGAUAACGUCCUCUCAGUUGGAAACCUGGUGUUCACGGGCAUCUUCACAGCAGAGAUGUGCUUCAAGAUCAUCGCUCUGGAUCCCUACUACUACUUCCAGGAGGGUUGGAACAUCUUUGACGGCAUCAUCGUCAGUCUCAGUCUCAUGGAGCUUGGCUUGGCCAACGUAGAAGGCCUGUCUGUGCUCAGGUCUUUCAGAUUGCUGAGGGUCUUCAAACUGGCCAAGUCAUGGCCCACUUUGAACAUGCUGAUCAAGAUCAUCGGUAACUCAGUGGGAGCUCUGGGGAACCUGACUCUGGUGCUGGCCAUCAUCGUCUUCAUCUUUGCCGUCGUGGGCAUGCAGCUGUUCGGCAAGAGCUACAAGGAGUGUGUGUGUAAGAUCUCUGAAGACUGCGAGCUGCCCCGCUGGCACAUGCAUGACUUCUUCCACUCCUUCCUCAUUGUGUUCCGGGUGCUGUGCGGAGAGUGGAUUGAGACCAUGUGGGACUGCAUGGAGGUGGCUGGACAGACCAUGUGCCUGAUCGUCUUCAUGAUGGUUAUGGUCAUUGGAAACCUGGUGGUUCUAAACCUGUUCCUGGCUCUCCUCCUGAGCUCAUUCAGCGCCGACAACCUGGCAGCAACCGAUGACGACAGUGAGAUGAACAACCUGCAGAUUGCAGUGGGCCGGAUCCAGCGAGGCAUCGCGUUCGUCAAAUCCACAGUGCGGCAGUUCCUCCAGAGCCUCUGCUUUGGCGGGGGCGGGAAGGGCUCCGCUCUGGCUGAGGAGAGCAAACCCUUGGAUGAACUGCACAGCAAUGGCAAGGGCAACUGCAUCUCCAACCACACAGUGGAGAUCACCAAAGACCCCAGUGGGGUGUACAUGACGGAGGGCAAUGGACGGCCAGGUGGAGGGCUGGUAGUUGGGGUCGGGGUUGGUGGGGACACUACUGAGAAGUACCCAAUGGAGGAAUGCGACUACAUGUCAUUUAUUCACAACCCCAGCUUGACAGUCACGGUGCCCAUCGCUGUGGGUGAGUCGGACUUCGAGAACUUAAACACAGAAGAUUUCAGCAGCGACUCGUCAGAUGUAGAGGGAAGCAAAGAGAAGCUUGACGUAGAGCCCCAACCUCUGAGCUCAUCGGAGGGGAGCACAGUUGAUAUUCGCCCCCCAGGAGAUGGGGUGGAUUCAGUGGAGCUGGAGCCAGAGGAGUCACUGGACCCAGAGGCCUGCUUCACAGAAGGCUGUGUGAGCAGGUUCCAGUGCUGCCAGAUCAAUGAGGAUGGAGACCGUUUUAAGCACUGGUGGACACUCAGAAAAACCUGCUUUAUCAUAGUGGAGCACAACUGGUUUGAAUCCUUCAUCAUAUUCAUGAUCCUGCUCAGCAGCGGAGCACUGGCGUUUGAGGACAUUUACAUUGAGCAGAGGAGGACCAUUAAAACAGUGCUGGAGUACGCAGACAAGGUCUUCACUUACGUCUUCAUUCUGGAAAUGCUGUUGAAGUGGGUGGCAUACGGCUUUGUCAAGUACUUCACCAACGCCUGGUGCUGGCUCGACUUCCUCAUCGUAGACGUGUCCCUGGUCAGCCUCGUAGCCAACGCUCUGGGCUACUCUGAGCUCACCGCCAUCAAGUCUCUGAGGACACUGCGAGCCCUGCGGCCCCUGAGGGCCCUGUCUCGGUUUGAGGGCAUGAGGGUUGUGGUGAACGCGCUGCUGGGGGCCAUCCCCUCCAUCAUGAACGUGCUGUUGGUCUGCCUCAUCUUCUGGCUCAUCUUCAGCAUCAUGGGUGUCAACCUGUUUGCAGGGAAGUACUAUUACUGUGUCAAUACCACCACGGACGAGAUCUUCCCCAUCGACGUCGUCAACAACAAAAGCGAUUGCAUGAACUUGGUCAACGCCAGCGCCCGCUGGAAGAAUGUCAAAAUCAACUUUGACAAUGUCGGAGCCGGCUACCUGGCUCUGCUGCAAGUGGCAACCUUUAAGGGUUGGAUGGACAUCAUGUAUGCAGCCGUGGACUCUCGAAAUGUGGAAGACCAGCCUGAAUACGAAGUGAACUUGUACAUGUACCUCUACUUUGUCAUCUUUAUCAUCUUCGGCUCCUUCUUCACCCUCAACCUGUUCAUCGGUGUCAUCAUCGACAACUUCAACCAGCAGAAGAAGAAGUUUGGAGGUCAGGACAUCUUCAUGACAGAAGAACAGAAGAAAUACUACAACGCCAUGAAGAAGCUGGGCUCCAAGAAACCACAGAAACCUAUACCUCGCCCAACAAAUGCGUUUCAAGGCUGUGUGUUCGACUGCAUCACAAAGCAGGCCUUCGACAUCGUGAUCAUGAUCCUCAUCUGCCUUAACAUGGUGACUAUGAUGGUGGAGACGGACGACCAGACGCCUGACAUGGACAAAAUUCUUUACUGGAUCAACCUGGUCUUCAUCGUGCUCUUCACUGGGGAGUGUGUGCUCAAGAUGAUCUCUCUGCGUCACUAUUACUUCACCAUCGGGUGGAAUAUAUUUGACUUUGUGGUGGUGAUCCUGUCCAUUGUAGGUAUGUUUUUAUCCGAAGUUAUCGAGAAGUACUUUGUGUCCCCGACGCUGUUCCGAGUGAUCCGUCUGGCCAGGAUAGGCCGCAUCCUCCGCCUUAUCAAAGGUGCCAAAGGCAUCCGGACGCUUCUCUUUGCCUUGAUGAUGUCACUCCCUGCCUUGUUCAACAUCGGCCUCCUCCUCUUCCUGGUCAUGUUCAUCUACGCCAUCUUCGGCAUGUCCAACUUUGCCUACGUCAAGCGGGAGGCGGGAAUCGACGACAUGUUCAAUUUCGAGACCUUCGGGAACAGCAUGAUCUGUUUGUUUCAGAUCACCACCUCCGCCGGGUGGGACGGCCUUCUCGCACCCAUACUGAACAAGAGGGAGCCUGACUGUGACAGCCAGAUGGAGCACCCAGGCAACUCCUACAAAGGCAACUGCGGAAACCCAUCAGUGGGCAUCUUCUUCUUCGUCAGCUACAUCAUCAUCUGCUUCCUCAUUGUGGUCAACAUGUACAUUGCCGUCAUCCUGGAGAACUUCAGUGUCGCCACAGAGGAGAGCGCCGAGCCGCUAAGCGAAGAUGACUUUGAAAUGUUCUACGAAGUGUGGGAGCGCUUUGAUCCUGACGCCACUCAGUUCAUGGAGUACAGCAAGCUCUCUGACUUUGCAGAUGCUCUAGAUCCUCCGCUGCGCAUGCCCAAGCCUAAUAUGAUCCAGCUCAUCUCUAUGGAUCUGCCAAUGGUGAGCGGAGAGCGCAUCCACUGCCUCGACAUCCUGUUUGCCUUCACCAAGCGAGUGUUGGGCGAAGGCGGCGAGAUGGACGUGUUACGUGGGCAGAUGGAGGAGCGCUUCAUGGCCUCUAACCCCUCUAAGGUGUCUUAUGAGCCCAUCACCACCACCCUCCGCCGCAAACAGGAGGACAUGGCGGCCAUAAUCAUCCAGAGAGCCUUCCGGCGCUACAUGAUCCGCGUGGCCAUGAAGAAGGCCUCUGCCCUCUACAAGGAGCAACUGAAGGAGGGCAUCCGCGACCCCGACAAGGACGUGAUGGUCAUCAGCAAGUUUAAUGAGAACUCCACCUCGGAAAAAAUGGACAUGACCCCCUCCACAGCCUCACCGCCCUCCUACAACAGUGUGACGAAAUCAGACAAGGACAAAUACGAGAAAGAAAAAAGUGAAAAGGAAAACAAAGGGAAAGACAGAAAGAAAUAAACUUUUUAAAUAGGAACAAAAAAUAAUAAUGCAUCAGAGACAUGGGGGAAAUUUGUUUACAGCUUCUAAAGGGGGUAGGUAGAUGUACGCUUGUGUGCUGAUUGUUAAAAUACGAGGAACGCUAUGCCAGGUAGGCCUACAAUGGGAGUGUGGUGAUGUUUUAUGUGAAUAAAUGGGGUCUUCUCAGAGGGGAUGUGGAAACAAAUGAUCCAGCAGACACUGCCAGAAAUGGAACGGAACAUGGAAAAAGCCUCUCUGCAAAACGCUUGUGAUUUUCCUAUUGGUUGUUGUUACUAUCUGACACACUUGAGUGUACUGUUCAGUUGUCUGUAGCUAGUGCUGCUGCUACUACUAUAAAUCCAGUGUCUUGAAUUUAACAAUCGCUGUAACAAGUACUCUGCAUUUUUUUUUUUUUGCUCAUUUUUUUGGUUACAAGGUUUGUUUUUUUUUAUGAGAAAGAAUGUUUUCUACUUUUUUGUGUUCUUCUCAUGAGAAUGUGUCCACUGCUUUCACUGUUGUAAAAUCACCAAGGGCAGAUAAAGUCAAUGCUGGAAACCACGACAACCGUCUGAAACUACAGUGCAGGGGCCAGCGCCAGAAUGCUCUCGGUUCAUACAGUAUACGGAGCUGAAACAAACAGCAUACUGCUGAAGUGCAAUGAACAGAUACAUUGUGUUCACUGGUGUGCCAUCAGUGAUUGUUGAAAUCUGUAUUGUGCUUCUAUCUGGACUGCCAUCUCCCCGUUUCAGUAGAAAACACAAGUCUCUGAAUACAGAGAAGCUGAAUGUAUGCAAGGAAUGAGACACAUGUAAAGAAAUGGUUUGACGUUUUAGGACAUAAUCUAAGUCACUCUGUUUGCUGAGAGUUAGAUGAGAAGAUUAGUAUGUACCACGCUCAUGUCCGGCCUUUGCCUUUGUCAUAGCAGGAAAAGCACAGGUGUAAUCCAUGACAUCAAAAAUGGCUCCAUUCAGUUCAGGUGAGAUAGUUACGAGCCCUGGGAUUGUGCAUUGUGGCACUGGGACACUUUCAUAGAGCAGAGUCGUUGUCAAUGUUUCACCAUUAAAAUAAUGGACAUAGCCACCUUGACGUCACCCAUUGGUCUGAGAACAUUUUGAAGCCUUAAGUUUGGCAUUUUUGCCGUUGCCAUCUUGGUUUUUUGGAGCCAGGAGUGACCAGAGUGGACAGAACCCCAACACUACCUGCUAGCAUGGUUAGACAGCUGCAGCUAUGGGUAACUGUGAUAUCACUAAUGCUAAUGCUAAUUGUUGCUAACAGAAAACAGUCGUAAAACUAUCGAACAAAAUGUACUUUCUGGAAAAACUGAACACCCGACUCCUUAGAGGGUCUUUAAGUGCAACCUCACCACAAAAAUGUUAAUUAAUUUUCAUGAACUGAAAACACACUGAAACAGCAAUAGCAAUGACUACGCCUAUACUCUGUGAAUCUGAAGUUAUAUUAUGGUUACAUUACCUAACAGUUUUUUGCACCAGGCUGUAAACAUGUUUAUUUGGGUAUUUUAACAUGGGAGUCUAUGGGGAUUGACUCACUUUUGGAGCCAGCCUCAAGUGGCCAUUAGUGACACUGCAGUUUUUGGCACAUCCACAUUGCCUUCAUUUUUCAGCCCCAGAGGUUGCCACUUUUCUUAUGUCUUUGUGUCAGAUAGCCAUGGCUGAAGGCACUAUGUUUCGUCUGUCUGUCUGUCUAAUUCCUAUGAAUGCAAUAUCACAAGAACACCUUGACGGAAUUUUGAAAUUCAGCCUCAAAAAUGAGUUCAAGGUCACUGUGACCUCACAAAGCAUGUUUUGGCCAAAACUCAAGA